AUGGUGGUUCAAGAGCAGCCCAAGCCCACGGCGCAAACCAUGCAGCCAACCCAGCCUCAGCCGAACCCCAACGCCCUCUCCAAAGAAGAGAGGGAAAAGGAGGAGAAGAAGUCCUGGUCAUGUCUCUUCUUCAAACAAGUUGAAGUCAUGCUGCCGGCGCCACUUCUCAGCACUUACCAGAGGUACAAGCAGGACACCGACAUUGUCGCGUCCUGGCUUGCUACCACAGCCAAAUCAUGUGGCUAUCCAACUGACCUCCUCUCUGAGGUCGCUGCCAGAUCGGCACCCUCUGCCGACCCGGCGACUGGGGACACGCCUCGUCAACCAAAGGCCAAGGAUAAAGGCAAAACCAACGGCAAAGGAAAGAAGAAGAAGCCCGCGAAGAAGAACGACGCGGCGCCAGCUGUCCCUAAGAGAUACACCGUCGCUGUCAAGGAAUUCGUCCCUUUAGCCGAGUUCAUCAGUACCAAGAAACAGGCCAAGGUUCCCGACGCAUUCGUUUCUGCUCUCAAUCGGGUCAUAGCCCUUCGAGCCCAGUUCAGCGCUAAGCUAUCCGAGCAUGGGGCGAAGCGCAAUGUUGUUAGUGACUUGAAGCACAACUAUUUCCUCGGUAUUCUCGAUAAAGUCCGCGAGGUCCUUAGGCCACGUAUGACGGCUGACGGAGCGCGGGCUAGCAAUGAAGGCCUCGAUCACCUGUCCAACAGAUUCGCAGGGUUGUCUGUAUUUGAGCCUUCCCAGGCCUUCCUUGACGCUCCUGACAUUGAGAUUCCCCGACCCGACCCGAAUGUCAUCUAUGAGGCUGAGGCCGGAGACUCCACCGAGGAUGCAAUUUUCUUCUUCCAACUUCUGUGGAGGGAUCUCUACGACAUCCGGAUGUGCAUUAGAGUGCUCUGGCGUAAAUACAUGGAAGGAUACGGCAUCAACGAAGUCGAUCUCGUUGCUGUGGCGAUUGCUACCAACACCGCUCUUGAUCUCGCACGACACAUGAUCAAUGACGUCUUUUCAGAAUUCAAAGGCAGAGAGGAAGUGUUCUACAAGACGUUGAAGGAGCAGGCGAUUCUCACGCAUUAUCGAGAGCAGGCGAACCCCGAAAACUCUUAUUUUGGUCUUACCAAAAAUCCGGAUGCUGCAGAGCUCAAGCAUAACGCCGGCUCUUGGAGUUUCGUGAAUGCCUACAACAUGUUGGCAGAAAUCCUCCCUGCCUUGUCGACAGAAGGCGAGCCCAUCGGUCCAAUCCUCCCGAGAAACGAAGCCGACGAGCCCGGAAUGGAAAACAGCUGGUACGCCGCCCACCAUGGUCAUCUCAAGGCAAUGUUGGAGGACCUCUUGGUCGUCAUAAAGUCUGUCCAAGACUGGCCAGUCGAAGACAACCUCUUGCGCGGCUUCAAGGAAGCUCUCGAGACCAGAAAGAUCCCCUUUCACUUUGUUUUCAGCGCGCAAUUGCACCUGGAUAUCAUAUGGAGAUUCGGCCUCGAUGUUGGCAGCACACAUCUCAUUGACCAAUUCCUUAACAAAAUGAGGGCAAUGAAAGACUUGGUCCAGGACUAUAUUGCCAUCAACACGGAACUGGGCACGCUGGAAUCAAUGGGGCCGUACGACAUGAAUGCGCGACAGGUGGGCAAGGACUCCCAGCGAAUGCUCGACGACCCCAUCUUCGAGGCCAGGCUCCAAGAGGUGCCGAAAAAGUCCAGAGCCCAAGCCAAGGCGAAGCUGGAAAAGCACCGUCUGCUCAAGAGAAACCCCGUUCUGUGUGGCUUGAUCACGUACAGGCACAUGAUGCUGCUGUACAAGGACGGCAUCGCCUUAGCCAACGCCACGCGGUCCAUUGUGGCGGCGUACCAUUUGUACCACGCCGUUACCCGCGAGUGA